AUGGUCCUAAGAGGCGAAGAAGAGUAUCUUCGAUUUACUUUCCUGAGCGCUAUCCAAUCAAUCACCGGCCAUUACACCACCACGCCAUCUAAUUUGACUGACCUUGAGAUGGGCCUUCAUGAUUUGUGGUAUACAUGCAUUCAGGCAGCCAAGAAUAUCACCUCUGGUGAGGAAAAGCAGGAUAUCCUCCUCCGUCCCCUACUGGCUGCUAAAGCGCUUGGACCUCUACGACAGCCAGGUCCCAUUUCCGACUCGGGUGAUGGCGAUGGCAGUAAUGUCGACGGUGUUCCUAAUUCUUCUUUGGAAAGCUAUUCGAUUUGGUCUGGCUUACCUCUAUUGGAUUCAGAUCUUAUUGAGGAGUUUACCAGUCGCUACUACCAGAAAAGCUAUUAUGAUGAAGACCAGCGUGCGAACAUGGCGGGUUUUCUUGGUCGAUUAGUUUCCGUCGGUAUCUAUGAGGGAUCUGAUCUCUGCACACUUUCGUUAUUUAGGGAAACAUUGGAGGUCUCUCGACCACUGGUGGCAGAUGAGGAUGCUGAUCAAGUAUCACUGGAAGAUCUGACUGGCGCCCUCGAGGAAUUGGCUCAGAAUUCCAUUUUUGGUCUCGCUGUUCUUGCUAACAGACACAUCAGAGACCCUUCUUCCAGUAUUAAUCCUGAAGAUUAUCCACACUUAUCUAAGAUUGGUGAACUGGCUACUCAAGCCGGUGGUAUUCCUUCAUUUGGGUAUAGCAUUGAACGAUGGGACUUCUGGAUCCAGCGUCUCGAGGAAUUGUCAAAUUGUGGGAAUGAGAAGAUUCAGAGCAAUGUAGAAGGAUGCUUGGCGCCAAUGAGACAAGCAAGGGAAGAUACCGGGCUACUGUGA